AUGCGUACUGUCCACGCGCCCCGACAGAACCCGAUCGCGGACUUUAUUAUCGCAUCUGCUGCAGAUGGGACAACGGUUUCCGUCUAUCGCAACGAGACCCCGAUCGUGUAUGAGUGCGUUCUAUCCUGGUGUGUCAAGACCGUCCAAUCUUCGUACGAGGAAGGCAUCUACAAGGAAGACAUCACCGGCAUCCAGAUGAACACUACCGCUGGUCCACUUCCUUGGUUCACCCGCGACAUCACCACGCCAUACCAAAACGGGACCGAGAUGAUAUACAAUGACGAUAUCAGCAUUAUAACGAAAGCGGCCAGGCUUUUGGCAUGUCAAACGGUUUUCCCCUCAUUCUUAGCGACCAAGGAUAAUUCAACGGAUCUGAUACUUCGAUACAAGAUCUGGCUGGACAGCCCAGCGUACAAUCGGAAGCUCGAUAUCAAUCCAUGGCUAGCGCCCAACAUCUCGGCCUACUUGUCUAGGAUGGCAACGGCAAUCACGAAUCAAAUUCGAACAGUGGGUUCCGGGAAUGAGAACGUAAGACGGACUGCCUACAGCCAGGAAGUCUUCAUACGUGUGCAGUGGGCAUGGUUCGAUUCCUGUAGUGCGUCUUAUACUCAGUCUGGUCUUCUUGAUCGCGACUAUCCUGAAGACAUCCAAGAAUACAGGCGGAAGCGGAAUGUAGAAGACAUCAGUCGUGUCGACACUCAUAUAUAG